AACCUCAGAUAAAUAAUGAAAAAUGAGAAGCUCGAGUUUCAUAUGAAUAUUUUAUAUUUUUUAAACCAAUCGACUCGAACCUAGGACAAGCCAAGACGACAUGAAGAAGAUUUUUUAAAAUAAAGGUGCCUUAUAUCAUGUGUAUAUCUUAUUAUUACGAUAUGAGAGCAUAAUAAAUGAUUAUAAGUACUAAUGAAAUUGAAACUUAAUUUUUUUUCUUUAAAUAUUGCAAAUUGAUGGUAUAUGACACAUCAUAAGUCUCAAAGAAAAGUUUAGUAUUUAGUGAAUGUUAAUGAAUUGCUUAAAUUCAAAAACUGAAGUAUAUAAAUAUUUUCAAAAUGAUACUAUAAAUAAUUCUAAAUCAAGUAACUAUCUUAUAUUCUAAUGUUACCAAAACGUAAAUAGAACAAUAAACAUUAGUUACUGUAUGACUCAUGCAAUCAAAAUAAUAGAGCAUGCAAAAAAACUGAAAUACAUACAAUCAAAAUCGUUGAUUUUUAAUUAGCAGAAUAGGAAAAAUAAAAAAGAAACAACAUUUUUGUUGCCGUUGUAUUUAAUCUGAGUCUGUUUUGUAAACUCUUGUCCAAAUGAAUUAUUUCACAUUGUUUAUGAAACUGCAUUUCUAUCGUAAAAUCGUUUUUUCUUAAAAGAAUUUAUUAAUAAUUAUUUCGUACAUUCAAAACUCAACUGGAUUAUUAUCUAAACGGUGACAUGAAUAUGCAAUUGAAGACUCAUCAAAGAGCUAUGAAAUUCAUAAUUUCAGUAGUAUUUUGUCUUGUCUAUUUAUUCUUGGAGUGAAUUCACUGUGAUAAAAUGGAGUAUUAGAAUAAUGAUAAAAAAUGCUUUAUUUUGUUGAUAGCUUGUGGGAUUCAAAAUUCCAUUGAAGCUUUAUCAACUAGAACUAAUAUGUGGGUGUCAAUAUAUUCUUUCCGUUGAUAUAUGAUUCAAUGCGAUUAACCAAAACAAUACUAGUAGGGCGUUUUUUUUUAUGCAACCUUCAUGCUUCACCUAUGAAUGCACUUUUUUCGAAUGAUAACUCGAGAUGUUUUUUUUAUUGGUAUAGAAGAAACAAUCCUAGGCGUGUAACAGUACAGGUAUGAUUAUACAAUUAGGGCACGUAUAUGUCAUGGCGAAGCUAAAAGUAUUGUAAUAAUACGUAGGCCCAAAAUAAUUGACAAACAACGUAUAUAAAUACGCAGAUUUGCCAGGCAAAUAUCAUUCGAUUAUACAUACAAAUAUGCGAUCAGCAAUAAUUGUUUUAUCGUUGGUUAGUAUACUGUUUGUUUCUUACUUUUCUUUGCUUAUCUUAUUUUACGUUUAGUUUCUCUUGACCGUUGUUGUUUUUUCGACACCUCUUCUGCACAAUGGAUUGCAAGAUAAAAAUCAUGGAAAACACCAGCAAAGUGACAAAGGUGGAAACGGUGAAGAAGGCCAACAAGGUAGAAGUGGUGGGCAAGGUGGAAAAGGUCAACACGGUGGAAAUGGUGGAAACAGUGGACAGGGUGGAAACGAUGGAAAUGGUGGCCAAAGUGGAAACGGUGGACAAGGUGGAAACGGUGGAAAUGGUGGAAACAGUGGACAAGGUGGAAAUGGUGGAAACAGUAGACAGAGUGGAAACGAUGGACAAGGUGGAAACAGUGAAAACGGUGGAAAAAGUCAACACGGUGGAAAUGGUGGAAACGAUGGACAAGGUGGAAACAGUGGACAAGGUGGAAAAGGUCAACAUGGUGGAAAUCAAUGGCAAGGCUCAGGAGAUGGUAAUCACAGUUAA